AUGCUUAUCGAUGAUCAAGAAACAAUUUAUCCAUAUCAUGAACAAAUAACAUACGUACCGAAACGUGAUUGUCAAAAGAAAUUUAAUCUAUAUUUACUUUAUCCUAAUCGAUCUAAAAAUCUUUCAAGUAAUUAUUCAAUACGUAUUGAUAUCUUUAAUAAAAUUAUAUUAGCAUAUUGGGCAAGUUGGCAUCUAACAAUUCCUUUUCAGUUUUUACCUGUUAAUCGAAUUGCUACACAGUUAUUUAUUCCAACUAAUACACAAGAACAAUUCGACUCUUCAUGCAAACUAUCUUGUGGAAAACAUGGUCGAUGUAUGCGAUAUGUUAAUAAAAACUUUUCAUAUUUUUGUCAAUGUGAUCAAGGUUAUUCGGGUCGUCAGUGUAAUAUUCAACAUUCUUGUUCUUGUUCAUCAGAUUCAUUUUGUCUUACUUCAUCUAUUUGUUUAUGUUCAAUGAAGAAAUUUGGUCGAAAUUGUCAUUUAACACGUUCAGUUUGUCAAUCAUUAAAUAAUUCUUGUGAAAAUAAUGGAUUAUGUAUACCAAUCGAUGAUCGUAUCAACUUAAAUGAUUUUACUUGUUUAUGUAAAGAAAAUUUCUAUGGAAAACGAUGUGAAAAUCAGAUUGAAGAUGGAAUUUAUAUUGAAUUAAAUGAAGAAAUGAUUCAACAAGUUUCAAUUGUAUUUAUUCAUUAUAUCAAAGCAUUCGAUCAUUCUGAACAUCAACAUAUAACAGAAAUAAAAAAGAUUAAAUAUGGAGAAAAUACGAUACAAAUUCACGUAAAACCACAAUUUCAUAUUCUUUUUAUUGAACUUUUAAAAAACGAUUAUUAUUUAAUUAUUAAACAAGAAACUAUUCAAAAAUUAAAUCAGAUUCAAAUGAAAUUAACACCAGAUCAACAAUGUGUUUCGAUACAUGAAUUAAUGAAUUCUACUUUAAAAUCUUAUAAUUAUCUUCAUCGUAUUAAAUAUUAUCCUCAUUUAUGUCGACAAUAUAAAGAAUUAAUGUGUUUUUAUGAUGAAACAUAUAUGUGUAUAUGUGAUCUUGAUCGAUUUUCAAAUUGUUUUACCUUUAAUCAUUCGUUGACUUAUGAUUGUCAAGGUCAUAAUUAUUGUGAAAAUAAUGGUCAAUGUUUCCAAGAUAAUCCCAAAUGUCCUGUUGAAGCAUUGUGCGUAUGUUCUGAUUGCUAUUAUGGUUUAAGAUGUCAAUUUACUACGAAAGGUUUUGUUUUAUCACUUGAUUAUAUUCUUAGUUAUCAUAUUAAACCAAAUCGUUCAUUUUCUCAACAACCAAUCAUCAUCAAAAUGAGUAUAGCUAUAACAACAAUUAUGUUUAUUUUAGGAUUAAUUAAUGGAAUUAUGUCGAUAUUAACAUUUCAUAUGAAGAAAACAAGAGAUGUAGGUUGUGGUUAUUAUCUGUUAGUAUCCUCUUGGAUAUCGAUAUGUUUAAUAAUUAUGUUAAUAAUUAAAUUUUGGCAAUUAAUUUUAUCACAAAUGGUAAUUCUUACUAAUCGAUCAUUUAUCAAUAUUAAUUGUAUAUUAUUAGAUGUUAGUAUCAAAAUUCUUAUAGCCUUUAAUGAUUGGCUUGAUACAUGUGUUUCUAUUGAACGAGCUAUGAAUGUUAGUACAGGUGUUCGAUUCAACAAACAUAAAAGUAAACAAAUAUCCAAAUGGGUUAUAUUAAGUAUUCUAAUUGUUACAAUUUUAACACAUCUUCAUGAUCCAAUUCAUCGGCAAUUAAUCGAUGAUAUUGAUAUAGAUGAAAAACGUAUAUGGUGUAUAGUACAAUAUUCUUCUUCUUCAAUUAAUACUUGGAAUUCAUUUAUUACGUUCGUUCAUUUUCUAAUGCCUUUUUUAAUUAAUUUAUUGAGUAUAAUUUUUAUUAUUAUUUCACUGGCUCGUUCUCGUUCAAAUCUACAAACAAGAUUACCAUUCAUAGAUCAUCUACGAUCACAAUUAAAACAACAUAAAUCGCAUCUAAUUGCAUCAUGUGUAUUCAUAUUAUUAGCAUUAAUACGUUUAAUUCUUUCGUUUACAAGUGGAUGUAUGAAAUCACCAAAUAAUUCCUGGUUAUUUCUUAUUGCUUAUUUUAUAUCAUUUUUACCUUCCAUGAUGACAUUCAUUGUCUAUAUAUUACCAUCAAAAAUAUAUAAAAAAGAAUUUAAUGCUUCUGUCCAGCAAAAAGUUGGACGACUUCGUACUUUAUUUUAA